AUGGUAUCAAACCGUAUUCUUCAAAACUUUUAUAUUAUCUGCCUCGAUUCAAAUACCAAUCAGAAAGAUUAUACUCAUCAUGAUAAACUUAAGCAACUACAAAAUAUUGCCAAUAUCGUCGAUACAUUUCAUGAUGUCGAUAAUUGUAUUGAUUUCGUUACUGACAUCAAACACGAAAAAGUGUUUCUGGUUCUAUCUAGUACUUUUAGUUGUUAUAUAAUAUCACUCAUUCAUGAUAUAGAUGGAGAAUAUGAUAAAGCUAAAGAAUUAUAUCGAAUUCAGUAUCUACUGAUCAUGAAAAACUGCAUAUUUUGGUCAAAUUGGGGUCAUCAAUGA